UCAAGAUCGGGAAGGCCGUUGGCCCGUCCAGGUACCCCCGAAAGUCGGCGGAAAAAGUAAUUGACGACCCAGUCAGACAUUCUGUAGUCAUGAGACUGCCAAGCUUGCGAUAAAAGUCGACGUGUGUCUCCUGCGAUCUGCCUGGCUACUGUAACCUCGAAGCCCCCACUGACACUAAGCGAAUUCGGGUGAUCCUCUGGAUUCCACCCCUCGGCGCUGACAAGCAAUGAAUCAGCACUUUUCGUUCGGAACCCAUGCGCGCCGGGUUGCUUAGCAGAGCUUAGCAUAUGCCCUAAUGGUCGAAGGAUGACAUGCUUGUCUCGUGCCGCAGAGUUGGUGGUGAUCAUGACGAGCUCGAUCUAAUUUUCAUCUCGCCAUUACGUCAAUGGCGUUUUUGAGGCCGCAUUGGCCAUAAAAGCGAAGACCAAGCAAAAAAGAAGAAAAGAACACUAUGCUUGUUUGGCCCUGGUGUACGAGAUGUCCCAAACUCACAAGCCCUCGUCUCGGCAAGAGACGGAGUGGGGGAAAAGCUUGUGGGGAAGAUCCAACCUUUUUGGGCAGAUCAAGUGGGGGAAAGUCGGGGACUAAAAGAACGCGCACCUGCCGCCAAUCGUCAUUUGAAUGCUUCGUCUUGUUGUACCCAACGAAUGCGAUCCAUUGGUCAAUGAAAUUGCCAGUUCCUGAUUCUGCGCCAAUAGAACAGCUUGGUUCUGCUGAGCAAGACAAUCUGACCUCUGCCCCUCAAGUCCGAAUCCUACCCAUGGCCCCAUUGACUCUUGUCGGGGGAAUUCAUUUCCUUCCAGGAAGGAGACUUUCGAUUCUUCGAAGCAGCAUCUUCCGCGCUAGUCUUCCGACAUUUGACGGGCAGACUCAUGUAGCAAAGAUCGACAUGAACGAACGUGUCGAAGUCCACUCGAAUAAUUGUCUGACCAGCCGCUAUAUUGAUCCGAAGAGCAAUGGUGUAGCUACCGACCAAGCAAUUUGGCAUAGAGCGGUCCGGAUAAAAGAAACGGUCGUAGCGAAAAUAAGACACGCGACAGCCGAGGUAGUGACGACAUCGACGAUGGUCGGGUUGAUUUCUUUUCUGAUCGUGAGAAUCGACAGAUGAUAAUUGUUACCUGCAUGAGAAUUGGCCCCAUGCUGCGGUCG